GCGCGGCGGAACGCUCCGCGCGGAGCGGCGGCGGCAGGAUACACGGUGCCGCGCCGCUUAUAAAUCGCUCCUUGUGCGGCGCCAUCUUAAGCCCUCGCUCGGUGGCGGCCGCGUCAGCUCGUGUCCUGUGUAGCCCGCGGCCCGGGGAGGCGGAGACGGAGCACGGUGGGCGCCGAGCCGUCAGUGCAGGAGGCCGAGGCCGAGCGGGCGGCCCCGAAGGAGCAGCGCGCAGCCCCGAGGGUAUCUGAAGCUCAGCACACAACUGCUGUGACACUGCUUCGUGGACAAUGGCUACUCAAGCUGACCUGAUGGAGUUGGACAUGGCCAUGGAGCCAGACAGAAAAGCUGCUGUCAGCCACUGGCAGCAGCAGUCUUACUUGGAUUCUGGAAUCCAUUCUGGUGCCACCACCACAGCUCCUUCCCUGAGUGGCAAGGGCAAUCCUGAGGAAGAAGAUGUGGACACCUCCCAAGUCCUUUAUGAGUGGGAGCAAGGCUUUUCCCAGUCCUUCACGCAAGAGCAAGUAGCUGAUAUUGACGGUCAGUACGCGAUGACUCGAGCUCAGAGGGUCCGAGCUGCCAUGUUCCCUGAGACACUAGAUGAGGGCAUGCAGAUCCCAUCCACGCAGUUUGACGCUGCUCACCCCACUAAUGUCCAGCGCUUGGCUGAGCCGUCGCAGAUGCUGAAACAUGCCGUUGUCAAUUUGAUCAACUAUCAGGAUGACGCGGAACUUGCCACACGUGCAAUUCCUGAGCUGACAAAACUGCUAAAUGAUGAGGACCAGGUGGUGGUUAAUAAAGCUGCUGUGAUGGUUCAUCAGCUUUCGAAAAAGGAAGCUUCCAGACACGCCAUCAUGCGCUCUCCUCAGAUGGUGUCUGCCAUUGUACGCACCAUGCAGAAUACAAAUGACGUAGAAACAGCUCGCUGUACCGCGGGGACUCUACACAAUCUUUCUCACCAUCGUGAGGGCUUGUUGGCCAUCUUUAAGUCUGGUGGCAUCCCAGCGCUGGUGAAAAUGCUUGGGUCACCAGUGGAUUCCGUACUGUUCUACGCCAUCACGACACUGCACAAUCUUCUGCUCCAUCAGGAAGGAGCUAAAAUGGCAGUGCGCUUAGCUGGUGGGCUGCAGAAAAUGGUUGCUUUGCUCAACAAAACAAACGUGAAAUUCUUGGCUAUUACAACAGACUGCCUUCAGAUCUUAGCUUAUGGCAAUCAAGAGAGCAAGCUGAUCAUUCUGGCCAGUGGUGGACCCCAAGCCUUAGUAAACAUCAUGAGGACCUACACUUACGAGAAGCUUCUGUGGACCACGAGCAGAGUGCUGAAGGUGCUGUCUGUCUGCUCUAGCAACAAGCCAGCCAUCGUGGAAGCUGGUGGGAUGCAGGCACUGGGCCUUCACCUGACAGACCCGAGUCAGCGACUUGUUCAAAACUGUCUUUGGACUCUGAGAAACCUUUCAGAUGCAGCGACUAAGCAGGAAGGGAUGGAAGGCCUCCUUGGGACUCUAGUGCAGCUUCUGGGUUCUGAUGACAUAAAUGUGGUCACCUGCGCAGCUGGAAUCCUGUCUAACCUCACUUGCAAUAAUUACAAAAACAAGAUGAUGGUGUGCCAAGUGGGUGGCAUUGAGGCUCUUGUGCGCACUGUCCUUCGUGCCGGUGACAGGGAGGACAUCACUGAGCCUGCCAUCUGUGCUCUUCGUCAUCUGACCAGCCGGCAUCAGGAAGCUGAGAUGGCCCAGAAUGCUGUACGCCUUCAUUAUGGACUACCUGUUGUGGUUAAACUCCUGCACCCACCGUCCCAUUGGCCUCUGAUAAAGGCAACUGUUGGAUUGAUUCGAAACCUUGCCCUCUGCCCAGCAAAUCAUGCACCUUUGCGGGAACAGGGUGCUAUUCCACGACUGGUUCAGCUGCUUGUACGAGCACAUCAGGACACCCAACGGCGCACCUCCAUGGGUGGAACACAGCAGCAGUUUGUGGAGGGCGUCCGCAUGGAGGAGAUAGUUGAAGGGUGUACUGGAGCGCUCCACAUUCUUGCUCGGGAUGUUCACAACCGGAUUGUAAUCCGAGGACUCAAUACCAUUCCAUUGUUUGUGCAGUUGCUUUAUUCUCCCAUUGAGAAUAUCCAAAGAGUAGCUGCAGGGGUCCUCUGUGAACUUGCUCAGGACAAGGAGGCUGCAGAGGCCAUUGAAGCUGAGGGAGCCACAGCUCCCCUGACAGAGUUACUCCACUCCAGGAACGAAGGCGUGGCAACAUACGCAGCUGCUGUUCUAUUCCGAAUGUCUGAGGACAAGCCCCAGGAUUACAAGAAACGGCUUUCAGUCGAGCUGACCAGUUCCCUCUUCAGGACAGAGCCAAUGGCUUGGAAUGAGACUGCUGAUCUUGGACUGGACAUUGGUGCCCAGGGAGAAGCCCUUGGAUAUCGCCAGGAUGAUCCCAGCUACCGUUCUUUUCACUCUGGUGGAUACGGCCAGGAUGCCUUGGGGAUGGACCCUAUGAUGGAGCAUGAGAUGGGUGGCCACCACCCUGGUGCUGACUAUCCAGUUGAUGGGCUGCCUGAUCUGGGACAUGCCCAGGACCUCAUGGAUGGGCUGCCCCCAGGUGAUAGCAAUCAGCUGGCCUGGUUUGAUACUGACCUGUAAAUCGUCCUUUAGGUAAGAAAGCUUAUAAAAGCCAGUGUGGGUGAAUACUUUACUCUGCCUGCAGAACUCCAGAAAGACUUGGUAGGGUGGGAAUGGUUUUAGGCCUGUUUGUAAAUCUGCCACAAAACAGAUACAUACCUUGGAAGGAGAUGUUCAUGUGUGGAAGUUUAUCACGUUGAUGUUUUUGCCACAGCUUUUGCAGCGUUAUACUCAGAUGAGUAACAUUUGCUGUUUUCCACAUUAAUAGCAGCCUUUCUCUCUAUACAGCUGUAUUGUCUGAACUUGCAUUGUGAUUGGCCUGUAGAGUUGCUGAGAGGGCUCGAGGGGUGGGCUGGUAUCUCAGAAAGUGCCUGACACACUAACCAAGCUGAGUUUCCUAUGGGAACAGUCGAAGUAAACGUUUUGUUCUGGUCCUUUUUGGUCGAGGAGUAACAAUACAAAUGGAUUUGGGGAGUGACUCACGCAGUGAAGAGUGCACACGAAUGGAUCACAAGAUGGCGUUAUCAAACCCUAGCCUUGCUUGUUUUUUUUUUUUUUUAAUAUCUGUAAUGGUACUGACUUUGCUUGCUUUGAAGUAGCUUUUAUUUUUUUGCAGUAACUGUUAGUUUUUAAGUCUCGUAGUGUUAUGUUCUAGUGAACCUGCUACAGCAAUUUCUGAUUUCUAAGAACUGAGUAAUGGUGUAGAACACUAAUUCAUAAUCACGCUAAUUGUAAUCUGGAGAUGUGUAACAUUGUGUAGCCUUUUGUAUAAAUAGAUAGAAAUGGUCCCAUUAGUUUCCUUUUUAAUAUGCUUAAAAUAAGCAGGUGGAUCUAUUUCAUGUUUUUGAACAAAAACUUUAUCGGGGAUACGUGCGGUAGGGUAAAUCAGUAAGAGGUGUUAUUUGAACCUUGUUUUGGACAGUAUACCAGUUGCCUUUUAUCCCAAAGUUGUUGUAACCUGCUGUGAUACAAUGCUUCAACAGAUGCGGUUAUAAAAUGGUUCAGAAUUAAACUUUUAAUUCAUUC